AUGGAAUUCAAAGGAAGUAACUUCCUGCGGUUCAGACUCGCUUUGAGCAUGAUCAGCGGGAAAGCCAUAACCAUUAAAAAUAUCAGGAAAAAAAAGAAAAAGAAAAAAUCUGGGAGAGAUAACCAAGGUGAUGGAGAUCAGAAAGAUGGUCUUCGGGAAUACGAAGCAAAACUUCUAAAGCUGAUCGAUAAGUUAUGCGAUAAUACAACGAUAAAGAUCAAUGAAGAAGGUGAUGAGUUAUAUUUCAAACCCGGAUUUUUAAUGGGAAACGUAAAUGAUGAAGUGAGGAUAAGUGAUUUGGAGAAUACUUUUCACUGUGGAAAAGAAAGAAGUAUUACAUACUUCCUUGAGUUCCUUCUUAUGGUAACUCCAUUUUUUAAAAACCCAGUCAAAUUGACCUUAAAAGGAAUAACGGAUGAUUCUACUGAUUCCAGUGUUUAUACGUGUAAAAUUGUGAGCGAACAUUUUUUUAAAAAUAUUUUAAAAUUGGACGACUAUUUUUUGAAUAUAACUAUUCUGAAAAGAGGAGUGCGGUCGGAUUGUUCAGGGGAAGUUCUCUUCUUUAUGAAUAACCUAAAGACAGUGGAACCUUUCGACAUGAAUGAUGCUGGGGUGGUUAAAAAAAUAAAUGGAACAAUCGUUUGCAAUAAAAUAUCUGCUGUGUUUAGAAACAAAUUGAUGAAUUUUGCUAAAAGAAAUUUACUGAACUUUACUCCAUAUGUCAGCAUAGAAGCGGAGGAUGCCAAGGUUAAGAAUUUCAAAGCGCAAAAUCAUUUUAUCUCCUUUUCCUUGUUUGCCCAUACGAAGAAUAAGUGUAUUUACUCCACGGACUUGUGCGUGGACGAGUUUUUCCUGAAGCACGCGCGAGGCGUCCUAAACAGUGGGGCAAAAAGCGGAGAGAUAGAUGACCAAGACGAUGCAAUGAGCGACGAAGAACUGAACGACGAAGAAAUGAACGACGAAGAAAUGAGCGACAGAGCAAAGGAUGACGGAGCAACAAACAAACUCCAGAGGAGACAGCGGAACGCCGAGGAAGACAAACAAAACAUAACCCUACAUGAUGCAGACAUAUAUGAGCGGCUGGGAUUUUUUAUAGCCCUUAAAAUGAUGAACGAAAUAAAAGGGCUUCCCUCCGUCGAUUCCAACUACCAGUGGCUCCCCUUGUUCUACAUGGCCAUGGCAAAUGACAUGGCUGUUUCUAAAAUUUCCCUUAGCAUGGUAAAGCCAUAUUCCAUUGCACUUAUUAGAUUACUGAGGGACUUCUUCAGCGUUGUCUUUGACAUUAAAAAAGUGGAGAAGUCUCCAGUGGAUCACUCCUACUUGAUCAAGUGUGUUGGCAUAGGCUAUCGCAAUAUUUCGAAGAAAACCUUUUAG